AAAUGGAGAGCUGAGCGUCACAACUCUAUCGUCCUAAACAAAUGAAACAGUCCUAUCAGCAUGCAGUACGAAGGAAGUUAGGGUGAAUCUCAUCAAGUUUCUUCAAAACUCUGGUAGAGAUUACAUUUUAAUCAACAAACAUCAAAUCUGAAGAACAAUAAUGUCAGACACUGUGAUCCUAGCCACAGAUUCACCAUGGAGAGGAUGUGCAGCUUCAUUUCCUCAGCCUAUGAACUCCAAACAACAGGCUGAUGCUCAAUGUUUAGUAGAUUUACUAUAUCGUAUCAACUGCAACCAAUCUGAUUCAGUUCUGGAAAAGAUUGUUUACAGAACUGGCGACGGCGAUACAGAUAUCCGUCGCCAGGUUUUCCGUUGGGAUUUAGCCCCCCAUGAUGAGGUCUUUCGCAAUGGACUUCAAGUAAGUCGGGGUUUUUUCUCCCCCGACUUUGAUUUUUACAAUAUAUCAUCCUAUGUGCAAGACAGUAAUGGGAGGCCUAUGGAUUCUAGGAAAACUUCCUCUUAUGCUUUUAUUAGCACUACUGUUAGCAAUUCUUGGUAUCCACCUAUACCAAGUGAGCAGACACUUCAAGUUUACCGUUAUGAGAUAUAUGCACCUGGUGGAAUUUGGACUUCUGUUACUUUGGGUGACAAGAACGGUAGGAAGUUUAAGAGACUUGAUGAGGUUGCCUUUGUGGGUGGCAUUGCUUCUCAAUAUAUUCGAUCUGUUCAAGUCUUUACGCUGACUGGUUAUCCUGAUGGGAGUACAACAAUAGAAAGGGUUGAUAAUAUGCUGCGAAUCAACGGCAACUUCAACCCACUAUCUCACCCACUGAAGCUACUCAACAUUGAGAACCCAAUAGUUGAUUAUACAUCGGACAGGGCACCCCUAGUCCAACGUAUAGUGAACAAAUCCUCGACGAGCAACCCAAACAUCAUCAAAUGGUAUGCCACAGAUGUGGCUAAUCGCGAGGUAUACAUGAGCUCUGCAUUUCGUUCAUCUAAUCAUAAUGAAGCUUACUACAUAUUGCAAAACAUCGUCACAACAUUGAACUAUGAUCCUGGAGGUACAAGUGAUUUUAUAGUAAACGGUCCAUCUUUUAUUCCCUUAACAUUUCCAUCCCUUGAGUAUUCACCCUUUGGAGAACAUGGCAUUGAUGCUGCAUUUCAACUAAAAGGAGAUCAAGCAAUUAUUUUUAGUGGCAAUCUUUGUGCUUUGAUAGAUUAUGCACCACAAUCUGGAGAUGAUAAGAUAUUGAAAGGUCCAAUGAUCAUCACUGAAAUGUUUCCAUUCUUCAAAGGAACUGUGUUCGAAAAUGGCAUAGAUUCGGCAUGUGAGUUGAAAUCAGUGGACUAUGAAGCUUAUUUUUUCAAAGGAAAUUUAUGUGCACAUGUCAAUUGUGGUGCUAAUCCCAAACUUAUCACAUUGGGAGAAAUCUCUCAAAUUAGAUCACCACUUAAAGGUACAGUGUUUGAGGCUUUGGGAGUUGAUGCAUCCUAUGCUUCACAUGCUGCAGAUGAAGGUGCAUACUUCUUCAAAUUCAACAAUUAUGGACAAAUUAAUCUUAACAAAGAUGAUGGAACAGAGUAUCUUGACGGCGUGUGGGUAAUGGGUGCUAACGCGCCUGUUAUUCAUAGCUUUGUCCCUCAGAAAAAUCGCGGUCUUGACAUGCGCGAGGAUGCUGGAACUCUACCCAACCCUGAUGACUAUGACCAUGACGAUGUUUGAUGAAUGUGUGUAGCAGAUGCAGCAACAAUAUAAUGUAUGAUGUUCUUAGUUUCAAUGGUAUCUCUAGUAAGUAAUCUAUCUUGCAGAUGUAUGAGUAAUAAUCAAGGGAUAUAGCUGGGAUAGGGUUGACAUUAUAGUCUCUUUUGAACCUUUGCUAUACUCUCUUCUUUCAACUUCUAAGGUAGUUUGUUGUUGGUAUAAAUCCAAGAGUAUGGCUAUGGUAUGCCAAUUACUGUUUUACUAUAGUUGUUGUUGGAUAUUGCAAUGUUAUCAUGUAUUGGACUAAUUCAUGUUAUGUGGAUUAUCAAGUAUUGAAAUUUGAAGUAUGUUGUUGGCUAUCGCAA